UCGCGAGAUUGCGCGCGAGAAUGAGCCUCAGCCUGACGAAGUUCUUCUCGAAGAAGAAGAGCACUCCUCCCGUUGACACCGUGGCCGCGGAAAUUGGUCUGCCGACUAACGUAUCGCACAAGUUUCACGUGAGCAAGAACGCGGAGACCGGGCAGCUGGAGGGCCUGCCGGACCCAUGGAUACGCCUGCUCAACACGCAGAUCUCCAAAUCGGAGCAGGACGAGCACCCAGACGCCGCGUUGCAGGCCAUCAAGUUCUACAACUACUCGAUCAAGCGCAAGCCGCAGGAUCAGGAAGUCUUCAAACCGUUCGUCACGCAGGACUUGAUCGAGGAGGAGUCGCAGGAGAUCGACAACAUCCUGACGAAGAAGUAUCGGUCGGAUGUCGGGUCCGACGAUCGGCUGACCCGCGAGAACACGACGAACGAACGGGAACGGAGAUUACCCGAGCUACCGCCAAAAGUGAACAAGCCCCCGAAACCACCUAAACCGCCAAAACCGCCGAAACCGGCGCCACGUAAACGUAGCGACAGAGCGGAGAAGACCCUGACCGAGAUACUAGAGGAUCUGAAUACAUAUCGGAUCAGUGACGGUGAGGAUGAGGAUCCACUGCCACAGGAGGAGGAAGAAGAAAAUGUUACAUCACGUAGGAUAGAGGAGAGUCCUAUUCUGCGACGAAAAACAGAAUGUACGGACGUAAAGCUCAGUGACGAACAGGUAUACGAGGAACUCAGGUCUAUCUGCCAACAGGGAGAUCCUAACUUGCGCUUUGAGAAAACUAAAGAGGUAGGCGCCGGUGCCUCUGGAACUGUGUUCAUAGCCACCGAUCUUGAAUACAGUCAGAAAGUAGCCAUAAAGGAUAUAGAUUUGUCGAAACAACCAAAGAAGGAAUUAAUAUUAACCGAGAUUAAGAUCCUCAAGGAGUUUCAGCAUCCGAAUCUGGUCAAUUUCCUUGACGCUUACCUCGUGGACGAACACCUUUGGGUAGUUAUGGAGCUGCUGGAGGGUGGACCGCUGACGGACGUAGUCACCGAGACUGUGAUGAAGGAGAUCCAAAUUGCGGCUGUCUGCAGAGAGGUCCUCAAAGCGAUAAGCUUCCUGCACACUAGAGGCAUUAUUCAUAGAGACAUUAAGUCGGACAAUGUGCUCCUGGGGAUGAACGGUGCGGUGAAGGUUACGGAUUUUGGUUUUUGCGCGAAUAUCGACGGUGACGAGAAACGACAGACUAUGGUCGGCACUCCAUACUGGAUGGCGCCGGAAGUAGUAACGAGAAAACAAUACGGCAAGAAAGUGGACAUCUGGUCGCUAGGUAUAAUGGCCAUUGAAAUGAUAGAAGGAGAACCGCCUUACAUGAAAGAAACACCAUUGAGAGCAUUAUAUUUAAUUGCUGCAAUUGGUAGACCUUCCAUUCCGAGGUGGGAGAGCCUCAGUCCAACGUUCCAAAAUUUCUUGGAGAGAUGCCUCGCUGUAGAAGUCGAUGAGAGAGCAACCGCCGAUGAGUUGCUCUCUCAUUCGUUCCUAGAAAAUUGCGCGGAAUUAUCGACACUCACUCCACUGAUUCGUGCGGCACAAAGAAUCCUUCAAAAAGCGUUUCAUUAAAUAUUUCUAGAGUUUUACAUCCAUGAUGGUAACAUCCAUGAUAUUUCAUUCUGUUCAUAUAUAUCGCAUUGAAGGAAGAUUAUUUCACAACUGGAAGCCUCGAAAGAUAUCCUCAGAAUAAUAUUUCAUAAUUACUACUGCAUUUAGUUUUCUCACCUCAUUUGACUGCCCUUCGUUUUUAUUCCGCUAUGCUGGUUUAAUAAAACUAAAGCAUAGUGCACUUGAUAGUCAUUUUAACAUUAUUUUAUUCGAACGUCAGUGUGUUCCAAAAGGAUGCAAGUAGUUAUUUUUAAUCUAUUUAAUAAUCUCAUGAUUAUUAUUAUUUUUGCAGAAUGAUAUUGUAGAAUUAUUGUGAAAAUAUUUAAGCAAAUUUGUCAAUUUCUAAAAAUAAGAGGACCAUCCACUUUGCAAUUGUUAUGUGCACUUGUUAUGUGCAAUAUAAUUUAUGAUAAAUUACAGUUUCACUCAGGUAUUUCCGCUCAAUGGUAUUAUAUUAAUGCGCAUUUUGCCAAACAAGUUCAGUAUUUAUCAAAACAAUAAACGGAAUAUUUUAGCUG